ACGAGGUGGCGUACGUGAAAUCCAUGUAAGAUGUCUGCUCUUCACGAUUUACCUUUGAAAUGUAGAGACACUGCGGAUUGACGUGCGAUUUACAUGAGAUAAAUAACUUUAUAUGCAUACGCUAAGAUAUAAGGCACUGGAAACAGUCAGAUUUAAGGUGAGCUAAUGGCCAGACAAUCACCUGACCCCAUCUUUGUUCUGAGAGGAUCGAACCAUCCAGUCAGCUGUGUCAAGUUUGCUCAGGACCCAUCCACACACAGAGAACACUUCCUUCUCUCAGGUUGCACUAAUGGUCAAGUGAAGAUAUGGGACCUGUCCACCAGGAGAUUUACUUUAUCACUAGAUGGUCAUCAUGGACAGGGUAUCUUGACCGUUGAAGGACUGACCGAUGGUCAAAUCAUCAGUCAUGGACGUGAUGGCUGUGUUCACAUAUGGGAGGUAGCAGAUGGGAGAUAUGACAUCAAGACCUCAUUCACAUCAGCUACUACCAACUUCUGCCCAUGUGUUAUGUGGCAUCAGCAUGGUGCAGGCUUCCUUGCUGUGUCUGGAGGUCAAAUGUCGGAGGUCAGGGUAAUUUCUCUGAAGGAUCAUCAGGUCAUAGCUAAACUGCUGCCACCGGAUGGCCAUAAAUCUCUAGGUAUGCCGAUGUGCAUGAAGUUCAUGGAUGAGAAGCAACUCUUGAUUGGUUAUGAAGAUGGAACUGUAGCGCUCUGGGAUGUGUCUUCUUGCUGUAUAAUGAGUGAGAGCAAAGUUCAUCAAGAACCAGUGAUGUGUCUGGAGUACUGUUCAGCGUCUAAUAGAGGUAUUUCAGGCUCCUCCACAGAUCGGCUUGUUUCAUGGUGCAUCACACCCGAGGGCAAUAUAUCCUCGUAUAAAGAGAUGGCCCUUACAAACCCAGGAGUGGCAGCGCUGACAUUACGCGCUGACAGCAAGAUCUUAGCAUCAGGCGGAUGGGAUUCAAGAAUUCGUGUGUGGAGCUGGAAGAAGCUCAAGCCACUGGCAGUUCUGACCUACCACACUGAAACGGUCAACUCGCUUGAUUUCUCUCCAUGGAUAGAGGGCAAAGGUCAUUUGAUGGCUGCAGGAAGCAAGGACACUCAUAUCAGUGUUUGGUCACUUUACAAUGACCCAAAGACUUGAAAAUGUAACAACCAGGGAUGGAACACUCAUGACCUUAUUUUAUAAGAGGUGCUGUGAUCCAGUGGAUAAGUCACUCGACUGUGAGUUACGAGGAAAAGGAUUUGAAUAUCCGCAACAUCACUGAAGUCCUUUGACAAGACAUUAGUCGACCUUUGCCACACUCGACCCAGAUGAGGGAAAUGAUAACAGUGGAAACGUGUUAUAACAAGGUCCUUGGAACCAAGGAACAAGGAAAUUCCCUCGUUAUAUCAGGAAUCUUGUGUUAUCAGGGUACACUGAGGUUCCACUGUACCAGAUAUAUUUCCUUGAUAUGUAUUUCCAAGCCUCUUUGGACAUGGUGAUCAUCUGGUGUAUACCCUACAAGAACAAAACAUAUUUUACUUCUUCUCAUGAUGGAGAAAAAAAUAUUUACUCCUUAUUCCGUUGCUAACCCGCCAGUUUUAAUAGGAGCACACUAGUAUUCGAUGAUGCUCAUUAACUUGAGAUGCCACAACAUUUUUUAACAGAUGUAUAAAAUUAUGUAGACAAUUAAAAAAACAAAUGAAACAAGUCGUUGUGCAUAAGGCUGUCGUUAUUCUAUUCUACUUUCCAUUUGUGUAUUUUGUUUUGUAUAGCACCUUGAGUAAGUUACUAGAUAAGUGUACUAGAUAAGUGUACUAGAUAAGUGUGCUUUAUAAGUUAUUAUUAUUAUUAUUAUUAACUAUGAAAGAAGUAUGGAAGGCCUAUUAUAAGCCUACAAUAUGCUAACAAAAUAACAUACACAAAAGCAUGAUGCAACACU